AUAAUUGAUUUCCACAGAGCUGUCCCAAUGACAGAGCUAUCUGCACACCUACCUCAGUUCCAGCAUGGGCAGCUGACAGAAAACUUCCCUGACAACCACCUGAGCAAUACUAAUGACAACAGUGAGAGGCGACGCCAUGAUAAUAGUGAGCGAAGGCGCAAUGACAACCCUGAAUCAGAGACUAAUGGGCAGCCACAGAAUAGGACACAGCAAGUGGUGGAACAGGACGAAGAAGAUGAGGAGUUGACAUUGAAAUAUGGGGCAAAGCAUGUGAUUAUGCUCUUUGCACCUGUCACACUUUGCAUGGUGGUAGUUGUUGCAACCAUCAAGUCUGUCAGCUUUUAUACACGCAAGGAUGGACAGCUUAUCUACACUCCGUUCACUGAAGACACAGACACUGUGGGACAGAGAGCCCUGAACUCUAUUCUCAAUGCUGCCAUCAUGAUCAGUGUCAUCAUUGUCAUGACCAUACUCCUGGUUGUGCUUUACAAAUACAGGUGCUAUAAGGUGAUCCAUGGCUGGCUUAUAAUUUCUUCUCUAUUGCUGCUUUUCUUUUUCUCAUUCAUCUACUUGGGUGAGGUUUUUAAAACCUAUAACGUUGCCAUGGACUACAUUACCCUCGCGCUCAUGAUCUGGAACUUCGGUGUAGUGGGAAUGAUCUGCAUUCACUGGAAAGGCCCGCUCCGGCUCCAGCAAGCAUAUCUCAUUAUGAUCAGUGCUCUCAUGGCCCUGGUAUUCAUUAAAUACCUUCCUGAAUGGACUGCGUGGCUUAUCCUAGCUGUGAUUUCAGUAUAUGAUCUGGUUGCUGUCCUAUGUCCUAAAGGUCCUCUUCGUAUGUUGGUUGAAACAGCUCAAGAGAGAAAUGAAACACUCUUCCCAGCACUUAUUUACUCCUCAACGAUGAUAUGGCUAGUGAACAUGGCUGAGGAAGACCCCGAAGCCCAACGGAAAGCUUCGAAAAGCUCCACUUAUGAUAAACAAGCCGCAGCGAACCAGAUUCAGAAUGAAGAUGCUGACAUGGAUGACGGAGGUUUCAAUCCGGAAUGGGAGCAACAAAGGGAUAGCAGAAUAGGGCCCCUUGAAUCCACUCCUGAAUCCCGGGCUGCUGUUCAGGCUCUCCCUAGUAACUCCCAAGCCAGCGAGGACCCAGAAGAGAGGGGAGUAAAGCUCGGUUUAGGAGAUUUCAUUUUCUACAGCGUUCUGGUUGGCAAGGCCUCAGCAACAGCAAGUGGAGACUGGAACACAACUUUAGCCUGUUUUGUAGCUAUACUAAUUGGUCUGUGCCUUACUCUACUGCUUCUUGCCAUCUUUAAGAAGGCUUUACCAGCUCUUCCAAUCUCCAUAACCUUUGGGCUCGUUUUCUACUUUGCCACAGAUAACUUGGUGCAGCCCUUUAUGGACCAGCUAGCAUUCCAUCAGUUUUAUAUCUAGCACAGUUGAAGUUGAUAUUCUAUGGACAUUUAUAUUGACUCUAGAAAAUCUGGGAGGAAAAAGGGAUUUUUACUUG